CCUCCCGAACGGGCUCAGAACUUUGAUAGCCCAUAUCAGUUCAGGUCUCGUUCGUUGUUGAAUCAAAAUUAUCAGUUGCAAAAAGUGAAAUCGGUUUUUAUUCUUUUUACCAAACGUUGAUGCCAAUCGGAAUCGUUUUAACAUCAAGCGAACAAUAAUCCAACAUGGGCGAUGAAGGCGGUGGCGGCGGACAUGGCAAGGGCGACCUCAAGUCCUUCCUCAUGGACUUCAUGAUGGGCGGCGUUUCGGCGGCGAUUGCCAAGACGGCGGUGGCGCCCAUCGAGCGGGUGAAGCUCAUCCUGCAGGUGCAGGAGGUGUCCAAGCAGAUCGCGGCCGACCAGCGGUACAAGGGCAUCGUCGACUGCUUCGUGCGCAUUCCCAAGGAGCAGGGCUUCUCGUCCUUCUGGCGCGGCAACCUGGCCAACGUGAUACGCUACUUCCCCACGCAGGCCCUCAACUUUGCCUUCAAGGAUGUGUACAAAUCGGUCUUCCUUGGAGGCGUGGACAAGCACAAGCAGUUCUGGCGCCACUUUGCAGGCAACUUGGCCUCCGGCGGUGCAGCAGGCGCCACAUCCCUGUGCUUCGUUUAUCCCCUUGACUUUGCCCGAACCCGCUUGGCCGCCGACGUGGGCAAGGGCGGCAGUCGGGAGUUCAACGGCCUGAUCGACUGCCUGAUGAAGGUGAUAAAGAGUGACGGCCCCAUUGGCCUGUACCGCGGCUUCAUCGUCUCGGUGCAGGGCAUCAUCAUCUACCGCGCAGCCUACUUUGGGUUCUACGACACGUGCCGCGACUUCCUGCCGAACCCCAAGAGCACUCCCUUCUACGUGAGCUGGGCCAUCGCCCAGGUGGUCACCACCGUGGCCGGCAUUGCCUCGUAUCCCUUCGACACGGUGCGCCGUCGCAUGAUGAUGCAGUCAGGCCUGAAGAAGUCGGAGAUGAUCUACAAGAACACGGCCCACUGCUGGGUGGUGAUUGCCAAGCAGGAGGGCGCCGGCGCCUUCUUCAAGGGCGCCCUCUCGAACAUCAUCCGCGGCACGGGCGGCGCCCUGGUUCUCGCGAUCUACGACGAGAUGAAGAAGUACUUUUAGCCCCGAUGUCCGGCCGUUUGUGGUGAGCCCAUUCGGCCACCACCGCAUAGCAGCACCACCCCACCAAAUAGCACACCGCGAUGGCGCCGGCGCACCUGCUCACCAUCCCACCGUCAGCUCACCGAUUUCAUCCCUUCAUGGAGGAGGACGACUUGGACCCCAGGGGCCCCAGUAGAUAGGGGGGCCUCAGCAAAAUUGAACGAUUUGAUCGGUGGCAGGAUGGCUGGAUGGCCGGGAGGCUGCCCCUCAUCUCAGUAGUGUUCUUCGGCAGUGGUUGAGAAAAUACAAAUAAUUUAUUCAACUUAAA